AUGGCGUUUAGCCGUUUACUGUUAUCAUUUUUAGUGUUAUGUGUAGCGUCUAGCUUUGCAUUGGUGAGUGUGCCCGUUUUAUUAUGGGGGGACCUGGCGGGACCUUCUGUGAAAUCGAAUCCACUCGGAGAGGUAACCCAGGCUGAGUUCGAGGAUAUACUGAAGAACGAGCUGAAAGACGACCAGUUCACUGUUGUUUUCGUAGACGAAUCGCUCUCCGUUGAGGACUUUUCGCGUAAGAAUUCAGCUGGAGAGACAUCUUUCCCUUACCUGCAGUCGAACAUCCGUAGCGCGCUUUAUCUACCAGCAGUGGAGAACGUUUUGGACGUCCUGCAUAAAUACUCGGACGCGAACAACGCGGAUCACGUAACUCUGACAGAGAAUGGAUUAUCUGCUGAAAUUAAGAAGGAUAACGUCAAGUUCCUCUUCAUCAGCUUGAAGGACGCUCGUGAGGGUGAAUCCAGGGCUGAGAUGCUGCGUCGUCAUAAUGACUUCAUGGAGACAAUGAUCAAUAAGCUCGGUGAGCAGUAUGACAAGGUUGCUGCUGUUUAUACAGGAGAAUUUCCCUCAUGGACUGUCCCAGAGAGUCACUCCCGUGUGCGCCGUGCUGCAGCGGAAAUCUACAGUACUGCAUUGAAUGGUUUACGUUUCUAUGCCAAAAACAUCAUUGUUAGCAACCGAGCUGGUCAAUACAAUCUUACUGGACUCGCGGGCGGUGCGACUAACUUCAACGAAUCAGUCAUGCAAGCUACGUUAAACUUUAGCAAUGUUUCGCUGGUAUUGAAUUUCGAAUCGAAAAUGGGAUAUUGGUUCUUGGACUCGGUGACGUACAACCCACCAUCACCUGCUGUCAGUGAAGACCUGGCCGGAGUGUCUGAGGUGUACGCCCUUCUCGGUUUCUCAUACAGAUGCGGUCAAAAUGCUACAUUCACUAAGGCCAAUGAUACAGAACAGACCGUACUGACUUUCCAGGAUUUGAAGGUCCAACCAUUCUUCAGGGAAACUAACUCGAGUGACACCCCACCAUUUGGUGAUUCCUUCAACUGUGUAGGAUUCUUCUCCGUCCCAAUCUGGUCUGGUCUCCUCGUCACCUUCGUGAUGCUGGCCAUCACCUUCUAUGGCAUCAUGAUGAUGAUGGAUAUCAGAACCAUGGAUCGUUUCGAUGAUCCCAAAGGAAAGACGAUCACGAUUAACGCUGUUGAAUAG